CCUGGCUGCGCUCACUGUCUUGUGCAAUAUAAAAGGGGAAGGCAGUCAUUUCUCGAGCAAUCUGCCAGGAUCCUGUAGAGAGAAAGAAGGGAGGUCCUGGAAGAAAUGCAGAGCAAGAAGUCCAGAGUGUGCACUGCCAAGGGCUUGGGACACGCUGGUGCCUCUGAGCCCAGGGAAUACCCGCAGCCCUUGUCUCCAUAGGUCCGUUCCCUGGGCUGAGGGCUGCAUGGUAGCUGCACUCCCUUCCCCAGCAGGCUGCCCGCGAGCAGAAAGAAGCCAUGGCCCAAGGAGGAGCAGCAGCACGAGGAACUGCCAAAGUCCAGGACCAGGGAUGGGCAUGGAUGGUCCUGGUGGCCGCAGUGGUGCUGCAGGGGCUGACGCUGGGCUUCCCCUCCUGCAUCGGUGUCUUCUUCACUGACCUCCAGCAUGAGUUCCAGGCCACCAACAGCGAGACAUCGUGGUUCCCCUCCAUCAUGGUUGCUGUGCUGCACGCAGGCGGGCCUCUGUGCAGCAUCCUUGUGAAGUGCUUUGGCUGCAGGUUUGCUGUUAUGAUGGGAGGGCUGCUCAGCAGUGUGGGCAUGGUGUCUAGCUCCUUCUGCAAGUCCCUCAGCCAGCUUUACCUAACAGCUGGCCUCAUCACUGGUCUGGGGUCAUGCUUCAGCUUCCAGGCAGGAGUGACUGCACUGGGCUACUACUUUGUGCGGUGGCGAACACUGGCCAAUGCCAUGGCAUCCACUGGUGUCUCUAUUGGUUUGACAUUGUGGCCACUUCUUUCUCAAUACCUGCUAGAUGAGAUGGGCUGGAGAAAUACUUUUCUUAUCUUUGGAGGAAUACUGUUGAACUGCUGUGUUUGUGGAGCUGUUAUGAGACCAGUGAAGUUUGCAUUGGGAUCACUACUGCAGUUUUCCAGUACAGGAGAGGAGCCAGGGAGAAGAGCAGAAGAGGCUCAGCUGUCCAAUGGAGCAUCUUCUUCUCACCUAAAGCUCCAGGAACAAACCAGGAAGAUCACAUGUUUCCAGGUGCUGCAGAACUACCUGGCUUUUGAUAUCUUCUGUCAAAACAAAAGGUACCAGAUUUACACAAUUGGAGUGACAUGGAUGAUGAUGGGGUUUGCGUUACCCCAUGUCUACCUCGUACCUUAUGCCAUUCAGAAUGGGUUGGAGGAACGCAGGGCAGCCCUCCUCAUCUCCAUUAUUGGAUUCAUCAACAUCUUCAUACGCCCUCUGACAGGGCUGCUCUCAGGACAAACAAUCUUCACAGGGAGACGUAUCUACCUGUACAGCCUGGCCGUGCUCCUGUGUGGGCUGAGCAAUUUCAUUUGUAUCAUCUCAGCUGAAUUUAGCAUGCUUAUCUUCUACUGCGUCAUCCUCAGUAUAGCCAUGAGUGGCAUUGGGGCCCUCACAUUCCAGGUGUUGAUGGAUGUGGUGGAGAUGGACAGGUUCUCGAGCGCUCUAGGGCUCUUCACCAUCCUGGAGAGCAUCACUCUUCUCAUCGGACCCCCUCUGACAGGUCUCCUGGUGGAUAUAACCAGUGAUUUCCGCUAUGUCUUCUACACCUCAAGUUUCUUCCUGAUAUCAGCUUCAUUAUUCAUGGUGCUCAGCUUCUGUGCUCUGGAAAAAAAAAACAAAUUGAGAGACACCUCAAAAGUACCUCCAGACAAGUCCACCAUAUACAACGAAACACCAAAUGAAUCACAGUCUGAAAGUCAACCCACUCUAGCAGUUGUGCACAUCACAAGCAUAUGAGAAUAAAUAACAAUUAUGCUGCUGUACAAAGCCACACGAGACCCAGCCCUGAUGGCAGAUGAAAAAAAAAGUGUUUGCAUCCCACAGCCAUCACCCUUCCUCCUGCACAUCCAUUUGGAGGAGCUGUGUCAGACUCAGCAACGCAGACCGCAGGCUGAGCCCAACAUGCAGUGCCAGCCAAAGGACAGACAGAACUGUGCUGUCCUAAAGCAGGCCACGGGACAACAACAUCCAUGUCAACCAACUCUGAGAAAUAAAAGUAAUGUUGAUUCAAUUGAUUUAAGUUGGUGCCUUUCUGAAGUCACUGGAAUUUCAUAUGCACAUUUCUCUCGUUAGCACUGGUAAAUAAUUACUGAUGGCUAUGCACAAUGGUACUUCUUGCAU